AUGUCCGCGCUACCGAACACCGUACGGCCCGUCCAGCCUGUGAGCUCUUCUCCCUGCAUGCACAAUCUCGGGCCCGGAUGCCACCUUGCGCCAAUACCUCAACCACAAACCGAUUCAUGGCUUAAUGGUAUCCCGCCGAGCAAUGCACAAUUUUUUUAUUCGUCCACAGUACCCAUCGAUGACCCAAUAUUGAUCCCUUCCAAUGAUUCCACAUCCCCGAAACGGCCUCUACGACCUUUCUCCCAAGCAGAUAGCAACCGGCUUGAAAGAGCGUGGUUGCAACUUUUCUCCGAAGACGCCAGGGAAAAUCAUCUUUCAGCACGGCUUCGUCACAACCCUAGCCCACCAGUCAUACAGUCAAACGAAGACACAUUAGAUAUUGUCGUGCGCAAUCUAACGGCAAGGCACCGCUUAAAGCACUUGCAGGAUAGAGGUACCGGGCACGAUGCCGCCACAACGGUUAGAAUCACCGUGCAGGGAGCGGCAACUUCCAUUCCAGUUUGUUGCGAAGACCUGCUUGUCGACGCCAGAGGAGAGUUACGAACCCUGUUUUGCCCACUCGCUGUUCAGCGCCGUGCUGAGCUGGGUGUUGACGCCGUGACGAGGAGCGUCAUGGUGGCCCUCAACCGUACCAAGAAUGACCUCAGCAACACCAAUACUUCGACAGCGUCGUCUUCUAUGCAUCUUGCAGCGGCUCCACCUAUAGAGUCAAACUCUUCCGUACCACGAACACGGCGACCUUCAUCACAAGAGACAACAAGUCCGGCUCUUGACCCUUUUCUCCUUCGCGACCAGGUCACUUUGCCUACAAGAAGGGGCACAACUGACGGUCCUGACGAGGCCGUUUCGCACCUACCUGCACUACCUAGCCCCAUUGCUCCUCUGUCCAGACUACCUAUCCCGGAUGAUGGCAUUUCUGGGAAACCAUUUUUGCGACCGGGUAUACCAAGCGAAUUCGUACGAAGCUCAGCAUCUCCUUCUCCACCGUUUCGUGUAAACGAAGUUGAACGCAUGGACCCAGAAAGUGCACUAGAAACUGCCGGCGGCGAUACUGAAAUGCAUCACCCGUACUCUUCGUCGCCCCUUCAUCAACAGUGUCAAUCUGUACAUGGGCCCGGUGUUAACUGGGAGGAAACGGAGACCUUGAGACGCGAGAUACAGUCUUCUUCGUUGUCGCUAGAUCGCAUGAGGAAAUCCUUUGAAGUUGCUGUUGGUAUCUCGCGCUUAUACACAGUCGACUUGCCUGCCCUUCAAAUGAAACCAAUUUAUUGGUCCCCGGUGCAUGAUAUAAGUGCCGUCCAAAGGGCCACUUGGUUUUAUAGAGAUACAAUGAUGCCGCUUGAAGCCGAUGUAUCCAACCAGCUGGAAUCGCUGUUCAGGGAACUGCGACCAUGGACGGAAACAUGGAAAAUAGAGUUACGCUGUGCGGUCGACAUUGGCCCUAUCGGCGAGGAGAAAGUGUCCCAGCCAUUGUGGCCAUCUUCUACGCAGGAUAAAACCAGAACAAGGACAGGUCGAGCCCACCCAGUGCCCAAGAUAUCGAGUGAUCCGUUUUGCGCCUCUCACUGCUUUCAAGGCACCGCAGCAGCUGUGGGCACCGUGGGAUCUCCUCCUGCUUCAUAUUCCGAUCGGACAACUGCAGGUGACUCAGGCAAUUGUGCUUCACCAUCCGCCUCCGGCGAAAAGUGCUUUGCAAAUUACGAUGCGAUAUUCAAGGAUGGCACACAGGCUUUCCUCCUAAAGCCAAGCCUGAGACCCUCGGCCUACUACCGCCGGCAGCCUGUUGCAAAAAUUUGCAAGGGAGCGACGGUCGGGAUUCCUAUUGUCAGAGGCUUUGAUAGAGAUGCUUGGAAUCGUAUCCACAAUCAGUCACCACGUGGCCUUGUGGCCAAAAGUUUUCCGGCUGCGCCCAGUUUCGACUCGGCCGCUAUUGCAGGGAAUGUUCACGGUCAUCAAGAAGGUGUUGAAGACUGUCCGGGCUGCAGAGCCGAGAAGUUAGGCUGUCAAGUUUCUGACCUCGUACUGGUCAUACACGGCGUUGGGCAAAAGCUAGCAGAGAGGGUGGAAAGCUUUCACUUUACGCAUGCCGUUAACGGAUUACGGCGGGCGGUGAGUGCGGAGCUUAAAACCCCCGUUGUACAGUCGGUUCUCCGCGACGGUCACAGUGGCAUCAUGGUUUUGCCAGUCAACUGGCGGCACACGCUGUCGUUCGAAGACGGUGGGUUCUCAGAACCCCGAGGCGAGGAAGGGCACGCUACUACAAGUGGCUUCGAACUCAAGGAUAUUGAGCAAACUAGCAUUCCAGCCGUCCGGAGUAUGAUAUCAGACGUUAUGUUUGACAUACCCUUCUACAUGUCGAAUCACAAGCCGAAGAUGAUCACUUCACUGGUGCGCGAAGCCAACCGCGUCUAUCGCCUUUGGUGCCAAAACAAUCCGGGCUUUUCUCAAACAGGCCGAGUACAUCUCAUAGGCCACUCUCUCGGGAGUGCAAUGGCCGUCGAGGUGCUAUCCAAGCAACCGACGAAAAUACCUCGCGUUGAACCUAUUCCUACACCAGCCGUAUCAAACUUUUUUGAAUUCGACACUACGAAUCUCUUCCUCCUUGGAAGUCCCGCCGCCUUUUUCCUACUGUUGGAGCGCGGCGCACUCGUUCCACGCCGCGGUCGACAAAAGCCAGGCAUGGUUACCCGUAACAACAUUGACCGCCGUGUUUUUGGGGAGGCUGGCACAUUUGGCUGCCUCGCCGUUGACAACAUAUAUAACGUACUCGCAAAGGAAGAUCCUAUUGCAUAUCUACUUAACGGGACCAUCGACUCAGCCUAUGCAUCCGGUCUCAAAACAGCGUAUGUACCUUCGGCGUCCGUAAGUCUUUUCGCCUCUAUCAGCCAGUCUCUUAGGGGUGUUUUCCCGGGAAUGCCUACAACUCCUCAUCAGGUAGAUAACUCUCUCUCUACCACUGCUCUUCCAGCCAUCGUACGGCUCCCGUCCCAGGUUGAACUUGAAGUUCAUGAUUUUACUCGGGAAGAGAUUGCCGAGCACAAAGCUUAUCUUCUCAACGACAAUGGGCAAGUCGACUACUUCCUUCAAUCCGGCGGCGGCCCCCUCGAAAUCCAAUACCUGAAUAUGCUUAGCGCCCACACGAGUUACUGGACUAACCAAGAUCUCAUCCGGAUGCUCUGUGUCGAAAUUGGCCGCCGCCCAGGUACAGAUCAUACGAUGCCAACAAUGCGUGCUGUCAAGUCCUUUCAGAGGCCGUUCCAACCGUCGGCCAGGCGUAAAUAG